AUGGCGAACCGACCCCCCACCCUUGAUAAACGCGUCUUUUGUAUCAAAGACUUGAAGGAUGCUGGCAACCAAAAGCUUCCACGGGUGUACAGAGACUAUCAUGAUGAUGGAUCAAUGGAUAUGGUCACCCUUCGAGAGAAUGAAACAGCCUUUGACCACUACAAAAUUCGACCUCGGGUUCUGGUCAAUGUCCAUGAGAUUGAUACUUCAACUAGCAUCUUUGGAUGUAAGGUGGCAUUCCCUCUCGCUUUCAGCCCUACCGGGAUGCAGAAGCUUGCCCACCCAGACGGUGAACUCGCCACAUCCAGAGCAGCAGCCAGCUCUGGCCUAAGCAUGGUUUUGUCUUCUUACUCGACGGUCUCCCUGGAAGAGGUCAUUGCGCACGGCCAAGAGAACCCAUACGCCAUUCAGAUGUGCAUUCUGAGAGACCGGUCAAUCGCGCUACAACUUUUGAAACGGGCCGAAAAGGCUGGUUAUAGGGCCUUCUUUCUCUCAGUAGACUUCCCUAUUAUCGGCCAGCGAUUGAAUGAAUACCGCAAUGGCUUUGUGCUCCCAGAGCAUAUGUCAUACCCUAACCUCAACUUCGGCGGGAAGCACAGUUUCUUUGACGAGGAUGGUCGGAAGUCUUACGAUGCGAGUCUCGAGUGGAAAAGUUUUAUUCCGUGGCUACGCCAAAACACGACUUUGCCGAUAUGGCUUAAGGGAAUAACUACGAAAGAGGACGUUCAAUUGGCGAUAGAAUAUGGUGCCGAUGGAGUAGUUAUCUCCAACCACGGAGGACGGCAAUUAGAUGGCACUCCAGCUGCAAUUGAUGCUCUUAGAGAAUGUGAACCUGUAGCUCGAGGGAAGAUCCAAAUUGCAUUGGAGGGUGGCAUUCGACGUGGAUCCGACAUAUUCAAAGCUUUAGCUCUCGGGGCACAGCAUUGCUUUGUUGGGCGCGUCCCGAUUUGGGGUCUAGCUUAUAACGGCCAAGACGGCGUCGAGCUGGCCAUGAAAAUACUACAUCGUGAACUGAAGACAACGAUGGCUUUAGCUGGUUGUCGGACAAUUAAAGAUAUACGACGAAACCAUCUCUCCGUGCUUCAAGCCGAUAGGACACUUGCCCGUCUAUGA